AUGGUUAAAAUAGGGUUAUUCCCCGCUGUGCUAUGUGUCUUUAUUGCACUUGGUACCUGUGUCAAUGGAAAACAUAUUCAAUCCCGUCGGUCGAAUUACGAUUCUAAUGUCACAGUCCUGCCGUUACAAGACGCCAUUAACUUGAUUGACUUGAACGAAACAAAUACUGAAAUGAGGAGACAAACUAUGGGUAUCUUUCCCAAUUCUGUUAUUGCAUAUGUGCUGUUUGGGACGUGUGAAUUUGUCACAUUCUGGAUCAUCGAUAUUGCAAAUAUAUUCGGAGAUGGAUGGAUGAAGAUAAAAUAUUACAAACAUCCUGAGGUCGCCGAUACAGUAUGGAAGACAGUGCAAAGAAAUACAUUUUCUUUUCUAGGCAGACCUACGUUCACAGUGACGCUUGGACCGUAUGACCCGUGUUCCACAAUCACGAUCAUAUCUCGCCUAGAAAACAAUAACGGUUUUGCCAGGUUGGGUACAUUCGCCAUGGAGACUGACUGUCCAUGUGACCCGGGCACUGGUCAAGGUGAUCCACACUAUGUGACAUUUGACAGACAACACAUCGAUUUUAACGGCCCAUGCAGCUACACUCUGUUAAAUACGGUCCCGAACACUACUAAUCAUACCCUUCAAGUAGUUGCUAAACAUGGAGAAGUGGUCAACAGAUUUGUUAAUGCUGAUGCUCGUCGUAUUGAGACAGCCUACUUAUAUAUUGAUGAUCAUACAGUUGAGCUACGAGACAACGGAGUGACAAUUAUUGACGGGGUGAUAAACAACCAAACUACGUACAUGACCCCUGAUUUGGCGGUUAGUACUCAAAUUAUCAGCAAUGCCACGAGUGUCGUCUUCUCCCAAGGCGGGCGUUGGUGGGUCGAGUGGGAUAAGAACACCCGUAACAACCGAAACCGUUUAUUUAUUGGUAUUCACAAAGAUUCUGAGUUGAUGGGCAACACAUUCGGAAUGUUAGGUAUUAAGACCAACGAAACGGAUUCCGAAGACUAUGAAUUCAAAGGAUUUCGUCUGCUUAAUGGGACGUAUACUUACGACCAGGAGGAACUGGGAAACAGUUAUGAAGUAAAUGGAAGUUGCCCAUAGGAAUGAUGUGGCGAAUAACUCGGUACAGAUGAAUACGUUUAAGACGAUGCUUACAAUAGCAAAGUAUUUAUCCCUGUAGUGCUACCAUGGUUACCGUUCAAUAGUGCCUGCUAUAGAUAUCAGCGAAUAAUAUUAUUAUAUUAUACAUGUUGAUGAAACCUUCUACUGUGCUCAUAAUAAUUCACCAGGUCCCAUUACCAAAUGUAUAGUAACAUAGUCAGCAUACACACAAACAACACGAGCGUUGCACACAAAAAAACGACCCCUGGCUUUUUUUGGACCUAUAUUCCAAAAUAAUUCAGUGUUAUAUAUAACACUUCAGUACGUGUUUAAAGUACAUCAUUAUAUAUUCAUGUAACUGUCAAACAUAUAUUUGAUAUAUAUUCCACAUAAGCAUGAUGAUACUUAACUGCGUAUUCUCUUUAUACUUUAUAAGUGCGGUUCUGACAACACUGAAUACAUUAUAUGAGUGAAUAUGGUAAUUACAUACAACAAUAUACACGUGUUGUUUGCAUUCGGAACAUAUGUAUUGUUUAUUUCUAUUGUCAUCAAAUAUAAUUACGCAGUACUUAUAUACACAAUAAUCUCAUAUUCUAAACGAAUUUACUACAUAUCACAAUUAAACAUACGCAAUUUUCAUAAAUACCCUUGAAUAAACCUAAACACUUUUUACGUGUACAUUAUUUCGGACCUUGAAUAUAAUAAGUGAGCAUGCUUCGUACCGUAUAACGUUUUAUAUAAUGUUUUUAUGUGAUCACCUAGGUGGCGCUUUGUUUUUCGUCACAGAAACAUCGGUAAUCAUCGACGUUAUUUUGUCUGUUAUUUCCGGUACCAUGUACCAGAAAAAAUCUAUCACACCAGAAUUUCACUGAUAUUCAUCAAUUCAAUAAUCACAACUCUACAUUUGUUCAGUAGUUUUUAUAUAAUUAAUAUUACAUCAUUCACAUCACGCUAUGGGACCUGGUAUAGGAUAGGUAAUAAAUCUUGAUAUUUGGG